AUGCCUCGCCAACAACGCCGUGCCGCCCCUACCCCCGCGCGUAGCGCCCCUACUCGCCCUACCGCGGCCCCUGCCCGUCCCGCUCCUGCUCCCCAGCAGUCGGCGCCUCACUCGACCGCCGCCUAUCCCCACCAGGGUGCUCCUCCCAUGCAGCAGGCUGCUCCUGUGCAGAGCUCUGGUGGUGGUUUCUUGAGCCAGGUUGCUUCUACCGCUGCUGGUGUCGCUGCCGGUCACGUCGCCGCUACCGGUAUCACCAACGCUCUGGGCUGGGGCUCCAGCUCCCACGCCGCUCCCGCCGAGCAGGCUGCUCCCGCUCAGAACCAGGCUAUGGACAACGGUCUGUGGUCGGGAAAUGCCACCCAGCAGUCGUGGGAGAACCCUGCCUGCGAGACUGAUAUCCGUAACUUCCGCCGGUGCAUGGACGAGAACAAGGGUGAUAUGUCUAUCUGUGGUUGGUACAUGGAUCAGCUGAAGGCUUGCCAGGCUGCCGCCAAGCCCUACUAA